GCCGAGGCUGCUGAAGGAUGUGGACGAAGAUAGAACGAGCUGGUCGCUAAGAAAAGAAAUAGGAAAAACUAUUCUGCGAAAUAUCGCCGAAAGGGUUUUACGCUCCAACACUUCUCCAGAACAGAAACGUUAUAGAACAUCAUGGAGACUGCUGUGUUGAGCCUCCAGGGCUUAUAUGAUAAGCUGAGGACGCAAGUUGAUGUCCUCAAUGAGAACAUUGAACCCAACUUCAUUCAGAUGGCACAAAACUUUGAUGACUGUCGUCGCAAAUGGCUGAGGGCAGAGCAGGAACUGGGGUCUUGCAAAGAGGUUCUCACCAAAGCAGAGACAGAGAGAGGAGCUCUGGAAGUCAAACUGAAACAUGCUCGCAACCAAGUAGAUGUGGAGAUCCGGCGCAGACAAAAGGCUGAGGCCGAAUGCGAGAAGUUGGACCGUCAAAUUCAGCUGAUUCGUGACCUCCUGACCAGCGAGGGAUCCACCAACAGCAUCCAGCUGAGUGCAGAGCAGCGUUCAGCUCUGGCCUUCCUGAACACGAACUGUCAGGCAGCAGCCAACCUGAAUACCAGCCGAAGACUGAUGACGAUAGACGAGUCCGCCUCUAUCUUGUCAGAUAUCAGCUAUGACAAAACGGAUGACUCUCUCGACUGGGACUCCUCCACUGUGAGGACGGUGAGACUGAAGAAACGGGAAAAAAGGCGCUCCUCGAGAAAUCAUGUGGAUGGUCCUCCACUUGCCUCCAAAAGAUCCCGAUCAACAGGCAGAACGUCAGAGAGGGGAAAUGAGACACUUGUGACAAAGACCACAGUGACUGUCCCUGCAAAUGGAGGACCUGUUGAGGCAGUUUCUACCAUUGAGACAGUUCCUUACUGGACUCGCAGCAGGAGAAAAACUGCUGCCAUGGAGUGGGACUCUGAAUCUGUCAAGUCUGAGGAUGUCUUCAAACAGCCUGGAAACCCAGAGGGAGCGAUAAAAGCCGAGCCCAGCACUCCGCAGAGCAACGGAGGUGUCCGUCUUCACGAGUUUGUCUCCAAAACUGUCAUUAAGCCUGAGUCCUGCGUACCCUGUGGAAAGAGGAUCAAGUUUGGGAAGAUUUCACUGAAGUGCCGUGACUGCAGGGUUGUCUCACACCCCGAGUGUCGUGAGCGUUGCCCUCUGCCAUGCAUCCCCACUCUGGGUGGCACUCCGGUCCGAAUUGGGGAGGGCGUGCUCGCAGACUACGUCCCUGAUACAUCACCCAUGAUUCCCCCUCUGGUGGUGCACUGUAUCAGUGAGAUUGAGCAAAGAGGCCUGCAUGAGGCUGGACUGUACCGUCUGUCCGGUGCAGAUCGCACAGUGAAGGAGCUGAAGGAGAAGUUCCUCCGCAGCAAAACCGUUCCCGUGCUGAGCAAGGUGGAAGAUAUCCACGCUAUCACUGGCCUCCUCAAGGACUUCCUGAGGAACCUCAAGGAGCCCCUUCUUACCUUCCGCCUGAACCGUCCCUUCAUGGAAGCAGCCGAGGUUUCAGACGACGACAACAGCAUAGCUCUGAUGUACCAAACCAUUAGUGACCUGCCACAGCCCAACAGAGACACCCUGGCUUUCUUAGUCCUACACCUUCAGAGAGUUGCUGACAGUUUGGACACCAAGAUGGACAUCAGUAACCUGGCUCGAGUUUUUGGUCCAACUAUUGUGGGUCAUGCGGUUCCCAACCCAGACCCAAUGACAAUCCUACAGGACACCAAACGACAGCCUAAGGUUGUGGAGCGUCUGUUGGCUCUGCCGGUGAAUUACUGGGGCCAGUUUGUGAUGGCAGAAACCGAGCAGCCAAACUUGGACCAUCUGAUCAUCGAGAACGCAAACUGCUACGCCACCCCCGAGAGAAUGAGCAUGCUGGGACCUCUGACCACUCCAGAACACCAGCUCAAUAAAACACCCUCCUCCAGCUCCUUGUCUCAGCGCAUGAAGUCCACUCUGACACCCAGAUUUGGGAGCAAGAGCAAAUCAGCAGUCGGAUUCUCUCGCCAAGGAAAAUUCUUUGCAUCUCCACUUCUGAAAUAAUCAAGAGCAGCAACACGUAACCUUUAUUCAUACUACAAUACUACAAUAAUACAUAAUUCAUAACAAGGUACUGCUUUCAUAACAGCAAUAAAUGCUUCCAUCUUAGUCCUCUUUUAUAUACUUAUAAUUGUAUGAAUAUUUUACAGUGGUAAAAGUUGUGUUUUGAUGAUUUUGCGUGUUUAUAAAAGGAUUUUUUUUUUUUAACCAAAUAGUAGGAUUUCCUAUCUAUGCACACUUGUGUCUUUAGAAGAUAUUUUUGCUAAAUGUUUAACAAGACAUUCUCAUUUCCUAUCUAAACACAUGAGAAUGAUCUUUGCUCAUUUUGAGAAGUGUGCUCAUGGGUGAAAAUAUGUACUGUAUAUGUACAGUUUUAUUGUGACGUGCUUCUAAAUCUAAUCAUUUCUUUUGACAGUUUUUCAACUCAUGUGUCACUCAGAGGUUGAAGAGCUCAUUUUUAGGCAUUUCAUUCUAGGAUGUAAUUGAAUAUAUGACUGUUUGUAACACUCUUUUAGUUUUGAUGUUUGUAAUACAUUUAUUUUUCUGUUCUUCGGUUUUGAUUGUCUUCAUUCCCUGGCAAAUUGUACUAUAAAUGCUUUAUAAUCACACAUAUCCAUUUUUAUAUUGUAACUACAAACAGUAGUUGUGAGACCUCAGUGGGAAGAUCUUGGUCAUCACCUGCUGUGAUAUUACAGUAGAUUCUGAGUCUCCUGUGGAAGGGGACUAAAUUUUGAAAUCUUGCUUCCACUCUGUUUUACAGAGUCUCUUACAAUGCCAGUGAUCAUCAGGAACGUUGUUCUGUUUAUGUAACAUGCUGUAAUCUGUCAGAUCACUUUGCUCCUUCCCUGUGUAAAGCUCGGUGUAAUGUUUGUAUCAUGGGAGGUAGCUUGUGACCUGUUCUGUGCAACAGGCAAUUACUUUGUAAGAUUAGCCAGUUCUCUUGCAGUGGCAUUAUUUGAUUAACUAUUAGCACAUUUGUACACAAAUACACUUUAAAAUUCAUGUCACUUAUAAAAUACGUUUCUAA